AUGUCCGCCAUCCAAGUGAUUACUUCCCUGAAAAGACAACUGACCACAACUGUCACCGACUCUCAGUCCGGUGUGAUAACUGUUCCCAUUUGGAACCGAACGGUUUCCAACAUAACAGUUAUGGCUAUGGGCGCGUCGGCACCAGUAGUCCUAUUGUCAACCACUGAGCUCUGGACUAACAGUUAUUCAGCCGGGAAUUUAGGACCGAGUGUUAUCGUAGGAAGUGCUGCCUUUAACACGUUUAUCACUAUAGCUACCUGUGUAUGGUGUGCGUAUCCUGUGCAUCAUCUGUUUGCUUACGGAUGGCUGUGUGUUAUACUUGCGGUGAAUACCUAUGGUGUGGUAGAUGUGUGGGAAGAUACAAUUAUAAGCGAAGGGGACGACCAUGUGGUGGAACUGGAGGCCUCAAAGCAUUACAAGCGUGAAGGGGAUGUAGACAGUCAAGAGGUCGGGCCGCCGGACACUAUUAAUGCUAACUCAACCAGGACUACAACCAAUAAAACCAGAGCUUAUUAUAGGGUUGAGGCAACAAAACGGUUGACCGGAUGUAAUGGUCAGUCAAUAGGGACUACCAGUUGGAGGGAUCAGUUCAUCGACGCCUUCCGGGUAUCAGCCCAUAGAGAUGAUCGGCACCGGGAGGUCCAGUCGGCCACGUGCUUUGAUUACACACUACACGUGUUGACUAUAUUCUGGAAAAUUCUGUUCGCAUUCGUACCGCCGGCGCGAUUAGGCCAGGGAUGCGCCUGUAUUAUAGUCAGCCUUAUAUGCAUCGGCUUUAUGACGGCACUGAUAGCCGACCUGAGCUCACACUUAGGCUGUACUAUAGGUCUGAAGGACUCGGUCACCGCCAUUACGGUCGUGGCGUUGGGCACCGGUAUUCCGGACGCACUGACCGGUGGUUUGAUCGCAAAGUACGACCGGUUCGGCGCCGACCUGUCCAUCGGUAGCGUAAUGGCCAGUAAUGUUGUGACGGUAUGUCUGGGCAUCGGUAUCCCGUGGAUUAUAGGGCCGGUGGUUCCCUAUGGCGUAGACUAUGAAAACAUCAUUAAAUCUGUUGGCGAUAAACGUGAAUACAAAGGACUGGUACUCAGGAAUGGCCUAAAAAUCUUAUUAAUCAGUGAUGUGGAGGCAGACAAGUCUGCGGCCGCACUGGACGUAGCCGUAGGCUCGAUGUUUGACCCCCGGUCGGUGCAAGGGUUGGCCCACUUCUUAGAGCACAUGCUAUUCUUAGGCACCGGUAAAUACCCCGUAGAAAACGAUUACCACAAAUACAUCUCAAGUAAUGGUGGGGCGCGUAAUGCCUACACAGCACCAAACAAUACCAACUAUCACUUCGACAUAUCCACGGACUUCUUGGCCGGUACUCUCGACAGAUUCGCGCAGUUCUUCAUUGAGCCGCUGUUCACAGAGAGUGCGACGGAAAAGGAGAUGAAUGCCGUCCACUCGGAGUACGAGAGGAAUAUACCGAUGGAUAGCCGAAGAUUAUCUCAUUUACAGAGAUCACUGUCAGAUCCCACUCAUGAUUACAGCAAAUUCUCGACCGGAAAUAUGGAAACUCUUAAAGAGAUUCCUUACGCCAAAAGCAUUGAUGUCCGCCAGGAGUUGCUGUCGUUUCACGAGCGCUGGUAUUCAGCAAAUAUCAUGUCUUUAGUCGUUUUGGGCAAAGAAAGUAUUGAAGAAUUGGAGGCAUUAGUGAUUCCGUUGUUUUCGCGAAUCAAGAAUAACAGUGUAAUCGCUCCCAAAUGGACUACUAAUCCAUUUCCCGACCCUUUCCUACAAAAGCAAUGCUAUGUUGUGCCGAAUAUGGACACCAGGAGUCUUGCCAUAACAUUCCCAAUGCCUGAUAUGGUGGACCAUCACAAAUCAAAACCCCACCGUAUGCUCACUCACCUCAUUGGACACGAAGGGCCGGGUAGUUUGCUAUCGGAGCUAAAAGGGCGGAACUGGUGUACCAGUCUAUCGGCCGGGCAUUCGGUCGGGAGCUACCGGGGGUUCGCUUUCUUUAAUAUUGGCGUCGAUCUGACUGAACAGGCUAUGGAUAGCAUCGAUGAUAUUAUUUCAUUGGUCUUCCAAUACAUUAAUUUACUUAAAAGAGAGGGUCCGAAGCAAUGGAUUUUUGAUGAAUUGAAACAAAUGCAAGAAAUUAAGUUCAGAUUUAAGGAAAAGGAGAGACCCAUGGGUUAUGUGAUCGAUCUUUCCCACAAUAUACAAGACUAUCCGUUAGACGAGUGUCUGAGUGCCGAAUAUUUGUUGGAUGAGUUUAGACCCGAUUUGAUCACUGAUUUACUCAAUCACUUGACUCCGGAUCGCAUGCGAGUGACAGUUGUGUCCAAACAGUUCACCACAAUUGCAGACCAGACAGAGAAGUGGUACUCAACUCAAUACACACAACAAGACAUUCCUCCGGAAAAGAUCCAGAAGUGGCUAAACAUUGGAUUCAAUGACAACUUAGCACUUCCACUAAAGAAUGACUUCAUUCCCUAUGAUUUCACUCUUAAGUCAAUCGAUGAUAACGUGAAACAAAUGCCACAAAUGAUUAGAAACACAGAGUUUUCUCGUGUUUGGCAUUUGCAGGACAAUCAAUACCGCACUCCAAAGGCUUUCUAUAUAUUCAAACUAACAAAUCCGCACGUAUACGAUAGCCCAAUGCAUGCAAAUGCCAGUACAUUAUGGACCCGAGUAUUCAUGGACUCAAUUAAUGAAUACUCAUAUUCAGCACAAUUAGCCGGACUGUCCUAUAACUUCUAUCGUACAGUCACUGGCCUAGAACUAACAUUUGGCGGAUAUAACAACAAACUAAACUCAUUGAUGACCACUGUUUUGGAUAAAUUAAUUGCUUUCAAAGUGGAUCCUAAAAAGUUUGAUGUGUUUAAAGAUAAACGGAUUCGCGAUCUUAAAAGUUACCAGAGUCUUUCAAAACCACAACUACUCGGCUAUUAUAUGAACGCCACUACCAGUGACCGGGACUGGACUUAUGAGGAGCUAUUAGACACAGCCUAUGAUAUAUCGGUUGACGACGUAUCAGCACUGGUAUCUCAACUACUGUCCCGUUUCCAUAUCGAGGCCUUAAUCCACGGAAACAUCGACUCGAGUGAAGCCAUAGAUGUUUGCGAUGUGUUUGAGACACGAUUCAAAUCAGCCCUCAAUACCAAACCCAUACCACUGUCGCAACACUUCCGCAAUCGU